CCUCACCACCAACACAACACAACCAAACAAACAUUAAUAUUUCUAUCUCUCUCACAAAACAAAACCUCCAUUCUUCCAUCUCAAUCAACCCAAUUCUGUUGAUCCACACAUCAACUGAUCAAAUUCAAUUCAAUUUCUUCCUCAAAAUGCUUACAUGCAUUGCUCGUCCGAAGCACCAGCAGCACGAUGAUGCCGAUGAAUCAAAGCGUGUUAAUAACACUACUGCCAUCAAAACAAUUACUUCUCAGAUCAAGGAUAUGACGCUAAAAGCCUCGGGAUCCGCAUACCGGAGCUGUAAUCCUUGCACAGGAGCCGCAAUGAUGAUGACUCCGCAACAACAAGUGCAAAAGAGUAACGAGAUGGAAUCGGAUUUAUCGACAUCGGUGUCGGAAAGAUUCCGGUGGUCUCACCGGCGAAACGGGAGCAAAAACUCAAGCUCGGGUCGGGUUUGGGGGAAGGAAAUGGAGGCCCGACUGAAGGGGAUAUCGAUGGGAGGAGGAGAAGGAUCGGUUGGGACGUUGUCGGCUUCAGCCAGUGGUCGGAGACCCGACCCGAUUGUACUUGAAGAGGAGAAUGAACCCAAAGAAUGGGUUGCUCAGGUGGAACCGGGUGUACUCAUCACUUUUGUGUCUUUGCCACGUGGCGGUAAUGAUCUUAAGCGAAUCCGGUUCAGCCGAGAGAUGUUUAAUAAGUGGCAAGCUCAAAAAUGGUGGCAAGAGAAUUACGACAAAGUAAUGGAACUAUACAAUGUCCAAAGAUUAAACCGACAGGCGUUUCCCCUUCCAACAACUCCAAGAUCCGAAGAUGAGGGUAGCAUGAAAUUUGAAUGUAAUGGGGAUAGUCCAAUAACACCACCUUUGAAUAAAGAAAGGCUACCUAGAACCUUAUACCGCCCCAUGGGAACAGGAUACUCAUCCUCAGAUUCCCUUGACCACCAAAGCUCGAUAGUGGCUCGGUCCAACCGAGACUCAUCUGGUCUAACGGCUACACCAAAACUAUCAAGUAUUAGUGGGACUAAGACGGAAACAUCAUCCGUGGAUGCUUCUAUAAGAACAAGCUCAUCACGUGAGGCUGACCGGUCAGGAGAGCUAUCAAUCAGUAAUGUUAGUGACACUGAGAACGAGUGGGUGGAACAAGACGAGCCAGGAGUGUACAUCACAAUUAAAGCACUUCCAGGUGGCUUGAGGGAACUCAAACGCGUUAGAUUCAGCCGAGAACAAUUUGGGGAGGUGCAUGCGAGACUAUGGUGGGAAGAGAAUCGCGCAAGGAUCCACAAACAAUACUUGUGAUGGUGAAAACAUGCGAAGUCGAAUUCAACAAAAUGUUGAAUGUUGUUGUUGGUACAAGUGGUUGGUUGGUAAGUUCAAACAAUGGAUGUAAGUUUGAAGAGUUCUUUUUUUAUUUUUGACAGUGUAUUAAGUAAAAAUGCAGAAGCCAUAUAUGUUUUUUAAUAUAUAUUAAUUACUAUUGUGGGAGGACAAAAAUGGUGUUUUCAAGUGGGAAUCAAGUUGGUUGGUA